AUGACGGCUUCUUCGCAACUCUUGGGAUGGGUUCUCAUCAGCAUUGUUGCUGCCGGCCACUGCAUGACCAUCCGUGGUGCAGCAGGGAAGAGUGCUGACGCUGGGCAGGCGGAGGACGACGGACCUGGGACCUACCGCGUAGUCUCGGCAGGCACCCUGAAGGCGCUCCCCGUGAGCCAGGACUAUGACCGCACCAGCGCGAAGGUGGGGGAGGUGGCGCUGGAGCAGGUGGUGAGCGUCCUCGAGGUGGCCGCAGAGCUGAACGAUGGCAGGCGGCGCGCCCGCAUCGCGAACCCCCCCGGCUGGAUCACCCUGAUGGCCACCAAGAACGGCGUCCGCUUUGCCACGAAGCAAUCGGACACCCAAGCGGCACCAGAGAAGGACUACCUGACCAUCCCAUGGGUGCAGAACGUCUCGCACAUGAUUGCCCUUGACGCAAAGAUUAAGACCCCUGAGAAGAAGACAGCUAUCGUCACGUUCGCAGGCAAGAGAAACAUGGACUACAUUGACGGGGCGGUCUUGUUGGGGAGGUCAAUCCAAGAGCACGCGCCGGGAUACAUGAUGGUGGCCAUCGUGAUCGAGAAUAUGAAGGACAAGCACCAAGAGACCUUGAGGAAGGCUGGCUGGAAGCUGGUGGUCGUCCCGAAUUGGGACAGAGAUUAUUGCGGAGAGGAUUGCGACCUGCGGUUCUUAACCCGUUGGCACGACUCUUUCGAGAAGAUCAACGUGUUCAGGCUGCCUUUCGAGAAGGUGUUGUUCUUAGAUUCGGAUACGUACGUAUUCAACGAUCGGAUCCAGGAGCUGUUGACCCAGACAACAUUGCCCGACGGGCACAUCGCGAUGGCGAAGGACGGCUGCAAGGAUCAAUUCAACAGCGGAGUAAUGCUCUUCAAGCCAAACUUGGACGUGUUCAAAAGCAUGCUUAAGAUGGUAACCGAGAGCUCGCGGGAGAAGAUUCUUGACCAGGAGCUAGUGAACGCAAUCUACAAGGACAAGAUCGUCGAGGUCCCUCGCGAAUUCAAUUGCGUCGACAUUGUAGGCGUCCAGCCAGGCUUACGCAAAGAAUGCGAGUUCCACUGCACCAAGGAUGUCGUCAUCUCUCACUUCACGGGCUACCCCAAGCCCACUAAUGCGGUCAGGAGGAGGCUUGAAAUUAUCCGUCGCCCUGGAGCACCUGAAAUCGCUUGCACGGGCAAGAACUUCGGCUCUUGUAGGAAAUGGUCUGCGUACUACUGCGACAUUAGGAAGCACUCAAAGUAUCUCACGAAAGAGCUUCAGACGGUGCUGAAGCAGACUGGAGAAUGUUGCCAUACUCCGUUCGACCCGACGCAAGACACAGAAAGUUGCAAAGAGUGUGUCGCGAGCUUGAAUUUUACUUUUCCUGUUCGACCAGACUUGUCUGGCACUUUCGUGAGGACGACCAUGAAGCCCACGGAGUACAACGGUCGGAAGCCGAUCUAUGUAAACAUUAACAAAAAGGAUGGACCUCCUUUGUAUAUGUACUAUCGAACCGCAAAAGCUCUGGAUGAUGGGCUUCCAUUACACGAACAACAUCGCCGAAGGUUAUUUCAAGCGGGAUGCUCAAUGCCCGAGGGACUUCGGAGACAUGUACCUUGGCAUGUCGGGACAGUGGCUGCCAAACCAGUUCUCCGUUGCGACGGUGCCGAACGAGGGUGCUCCCGAUGGCACUGA